AUGGACAGGAUGAUUAGGAGGGAACCAGAGUGUAAUCCAACCCCUGCCCAACCACCUGUUACCACCACCUAUGCACCUACUUUCUUUAGAAACAUGCCCAUUAAGUUCAAUUUCAUGAACUCACCACACUUCACCACUAUUCCUGUUUCAUCAUCCACUGUAGAACCUACACUAUUUAACCAUGCAUCCACAUCCCACACAGCCCCUGUUGAAACAACCCCUGUUGAAACAGUCCCUAACACAGCCCCUGUUGAAACAGUCCCUAAAACAGCCCCUGUUGAAACAAGUCCUAAACCAACCCAUGUGGAAACAACCACUACCAACCCUCUACCCUCACCAAUCCAGCCCACAACCACACCUUCUACACCCACUGAACCUGUUAUCCCUUUGCCACAAACUGUAUCCAUCCAAGAACUAGACUUUGUCUUAGGCCUAUCACCCACAAAUCCAAGCCUUACACCCUUUGAACAUAAUGAAGACCCUUUUGACCCACAAAACACCCCUGUCACUCAAACACCACCACCCUCACCCCAUUCCACUCAACCAUUCAUGCCUAGUCCGAACCAACCUACUAGUCCUUUACACUCUGGGACUUAUGACUAUUAUGAAGGUGUACAUUCUGCCCACCAUAGUCCUGAGCAUAGCAGCCCUCAUUUGGAGCAAGAAAGAGAGGAGGUUGAUACAGGGGCUAGUUUGAGAAAGAGAAUGCCAAGGAAGAAAAGAAUGAGCAGAAUUGAAACAAGAAGUUCCAAGAGGAGGAAAGAGGACAGUGAGAGAUCAGAGGCUGAAGAAAGGGGAUCUAGAAGAAGAAAAAGGUCAGAACAACAGUUUGAGGAAGGGCCAGGUAUUUUUUUGAAACCCAAGCACUUGUUUAGCACACCCUUAGCAAGGAAAACAUACUUGCAAUUUUCUGAAAAAGUAGGGGUGGUACAAAAGGGGUUUUCACAACAGCUAUUGUUGGCCAAUCCUGACAUCAAGGCCAGAAUAGAUUCUUUGGGUUGGGAGACUCUAUGUGACACACCUAACCAAUACAAUCUUAGUUGGGUUAGGGAGUUUGACACUGAGGUAGCAGUCACUGAUGGGGUAGAAUUAAGAGUGAGAAAGACCCCUGUUUCAUACUCACCCAAUGCCAUAAAUGACCUACUAGAGCUCAUCCCACCUUCAUACUCUAAGUUAGAUAGGUUGACUGCUGGGUGCACUGAUGAAGAGCUUGAUUUGAUCUUAGCUAAGGUAGCCAAUGAAGGGGUUGUUUGGAGUUUCAAGGGGAGGGCUAGGCUGCUAAAAACCCAAUAUCUGAAGCCUGAAGCCAAUAUAUGGUGUUACUUCAUGAGGCAUACCAUUCACCCCAUGAGCCAUGACACAAAUUUGUGCCUAGAGAGAGUUUUGAUCCUCUACUGUAUCCUAGAGGCCAGGCCAUUUGAUGUUGGGAGGAUGAUAUGCUCCAACAUCAAGGCAUGUGUGGAGAGAACAAAUGGCAAGUUACUAUACCCUUCCUUGAUUCAUAGGCUCAUGCAAAAGGCUCAAGUAUUAGCCCUGCCCAAGGAUGUGAUGUCUAUGGAAAAGACCUCCAUAGACAAGAAAAACUUGGAUAGACUUAUGAGGGUGAAUGCCAAUGUACAACCAGAUGCACCAACCUCUUCAAUGGCAGCCCUAAAGGAUGAAUUGUUAAAGGCAAUGGAGGAUCACAUCAAUGCUUUGAAGAGAACAAUAGUGAAAAAACACUACAAACUGAUGAAGAGGGUAGAUGAUUUGAAGAAGGAGGUUGAUCUUUUGAAAAGGGAGAGGGUGCAAUGGGCUGAAUAUAAGAUACAGAAAGAAAGGACGCUUAGAGCUGCUUCCAAGCAUGGGAAAUCAAAGAAAAUACUCAAGCUCCCACCUCCACCAAAGUCAAUCCUUUUGCAGCAUUCUGAUUCUCCUACUCAGUCUGAGUAG